AACAGAAAAGUCGUAGUAAAACAGUAAGAACGAGUUAGUUUUUUUUCUUUGGAUUUCGCUCGGAGAUUAUCUCAUAUGCACCUUUCAUCUAAUCGCAAAAAUUAAUUAUUUUUAUUUUAAAUAAAUGUUUUGGAAUUUUAUAUUUUUAAAUUGUGCCACUUUCGCUGCUGGUUAACGCGUACAUGGCGGCGAAGGUGCCAGAGCAGAGCGUAAAGGACAAGCUGAACAAUAAGCUGAAUGAAGGCAGUAUUGAGAAGUGAUUACAAAAGUGAAAAUUAACGAAAAAUAUUUAUGAGAUAAUUUUGUAUAAAAUACAAGAAAUACAAUUAGUUAAUAGUUAGAAGAAAAGUACAAUAGCAAAAAUGGUGAGGAAGCAAGGAUUAACAAUAUUUAGCAAACGUUAUCGCAUGCAGAUUUUGGUAACACUUGCAGUUCACAUAAUGACGCUUUCCCAUGGCAUUGGUCUUGGCUGGCUCUCCCCAACACUCUUAAUAUUGCAGUCCCCACAAAGCCCUUUAGAAUUCAAAGUUGCCGUUGAAGAUGUAUCCUGGAUUGGUUCGAUUUUCGGUUUGGGUUCACUUAGCAGUAACAUAUUAUUUGGCCUCUUGGCGGCUCGCAUCGCAAGGAAGACAAAUAUGUACCUCUUGGCGAUACCACAUAUGCUGUUUUGGAUCCUAAACUAUUUCGCACAGAGUGUCGGGUAUUUCUACGCAUCGCGUUUCUUUGCGGGGCUAACCAGCGGCGGACUCUAUGUCAUUGGGCCUGUGUUUAUUAGUGAGAUUUCAGCUAAAGAAAUACGCGGCGCACUCACUUCGUUGGCAAUGAUGUUCUACAGUUGCGGCAUUCUAAUUGGCUUCAUACUGCCCUCUUACCUCGAUUAUCACCUUAUACCAUGCAUCGUCAUUUUCCUAUCCAUAAUAUACUUUGCUGUAUUGUCGCUUUUCCCGGAUACGCCUGGGAGUCUCUUGCAACGAGGUCAGCUGGAAGAAGCAGAGAAAGCUUUCAAUUUCUACAAUAACAUUGACAGAAAGAAUACUAUAAGAGAAUUGUGCGUCAAUGAGCUGCAAACGUCGACAGCAAUAAGUGAUUUUGAGGAGCUUAAGGCGUCGAAAUUAAAAGGAGGGAAAGCCACGUCCAUUACUUUGCAAGACUUUUUCAACAAGUCGGCUUUAAAGAAAUUUGCGAUCGCUUUUGUGCUCUGCUUACAAAAUCAAUUUUCGAGCAGUUUCGCUUUCGUUAAUUAUAUGUCGCAUAUAUUUGCUGAAUCCGGUUCGACAUUAAAUCCACAGGACUGUACGAUUUUUGUGGGUGUGGUGCAGAUAUUGUGCACACUAUUGGCUUCCAUUUUGGUUGAAAAGUUUGGUCGUAAAACACUAAUGUUGGCCUCGACCGCUGGCAUGGCGCUGGGCAUGUUCGGCUUUGGUGCAUUCGUACAAUUCACCGAUGACGCAACAAAAGCCGAAUACAAUUGGGUUCCACUGGUGGCGGUUGCUUUUGUCACCGCAACAGCCUCGUUUGGCGUAAUCUCGCUAACCUUUACGAUAAUUGUGGAAAUACUGCCGGCAAAGAUUCGUGCUCAGGCUCAGUCGAUUGCAAUGAUGUUUUGCAGCAUUAUGGUCUUCAUCACGCUCAAGUUGUAUCCAUAUUUUCUCUUCAAUCUGGGCAUAUCGAUCACAAUGUAUUCGUGCGCCAGCUCGUGUGUGAUCACUGGAAUUUACUCGCUCAUAUUUCUGCCAGAAACGAAGGGCAAAUCAAUGGCGAAUGAUUGAGAAACUAAUUAAGUUAUAAAUCAACUAAUUGUUACGGAAGUUUGUUGAAUAAGAAAUAGGGACAUUUAGUAUUUAAAAAUAAAUGGCUUAGUAGCUUUGGUUGAAAAAUCGACAUCAUACAAGUAUAGUUAGAUCACGAAAAAGCAUCGCGUGCUUAAUAACCCAAAAACUAAUAUUAAUAAUUUGAAACAACCGAAAUAAAGGUGAAAUUGUCGGUGAUAUGGUCGAAUGCUGGACUACAGUCAACCGAAUAUUUGUGAGAGGGAAAGCGUGUUCUACUGAUUGAGCGCCCAGCAGUUUUGCCAAAAAUAAUAAGUAGAACGGCGAUAAGAAAACCGGCAAUUUGCAGAUUAUUUUUAAGUAUUAUAACUAACGCAAUAAAAUUUAGUGACUUAUUUCACAAACAAACAAUUCUUCGACACAUUUCACAUCGAUCAUAAAGCCGAUUUACACAGAGAGAGUAUAAAAAUAAGCUUUCAAAUAACAACUGCAGCAACUCAGCAAGUUCUCGCUAAAAGAUCGCUUAUGGCCUAAAUAAAACACUCAUUAAUUUGUUUUUAAAUUUACCUUAGAUAAAGUAAAGGAGAAUAAAAGCACUCGAAGCUGA